AUGGCCCAAUUUAUCCGUAACGUGGUGGAGAAGACCCUGGUGACGGGGUAUUCCCUGAACAGACACCGCCCCCCUCCCGUCCACGGCUACAGAGACCUCAGACGUGAGCAGCCAGGCCUGGAAGCACACCCAAACCAUCUCCAACUCCGGCAGAUAGAAUUUCUCAAGGGGCAUCUGUCAGAAGUGCCGCUGAUUGGAAAGCAGACACCUUCCCUGCCUCCGUUCCACCCUGGGCUCCUGCCAAGGUUCCCAAAACCACCUGCCAGAGUAGGGCAACUAGAGCGCUGGCAUAGCCCCAGAGGUGUGCCUUUCCAAAGUCAGGGGCUCCAGAGAGGGUCCCCCCUUCCCUUGCCAUGGAUUCAGCCGGGGAGCAGUGUUGACGGGCUAGCCUCACAUUUCCAGGAGCUAAGGAUCGGCCCGAACCAGGAACAAAGGGUCCUGAAGCACUUGGAAGCCCUUGGGGAAGGGAAGAGCGCCACAGCACUUGAGCUAUCCAGAAAACUCAGGACCCCCAAGAGGGAAAUCAAUCGUGUUGUAUACGCUCUGGCAAAGAAGGGUAAACUCCAUAAAGAGGCAGGGACCCCGCCUUUGUGGAGAAUCGCAGGCUCGGUUCAGGCCAGGGAACAGCUCAGUACAGCCGAGCAGCCAGACAAUCACUGCCAGACAGCUCCAAACACAGACUUCAGUUUUGAAACUGAGGACAGAAACACCACCCCUGACUUGGAAGCAGAAGACAGGAGCCCCCCAGUUGUUUUUGAAACAGAAGAAGAAGAAGAAGAAGACAGAAACCCCACCUGUGUCUUGGAAACUGAAGACGGACACCCCACUGCCGGCUUGGACACUGAAUGCAGAAGCUCUGCCUUUGGCGCAGAAGCCGAGGAAGACGGGAGCUCCACACCUGGCUUGGAAACAGAACACAGAAACCCCACCUGUGGCUUGGAAGAUCCUCCCGUGCGUUCCGACAUGGCUGAGAUCAAGGAGAAAAUCUGCGACCACCUGUUCACCGUGUACAACUCCUCCGCCCUGAACCUGGCGAGAAACGUGGGGCUGACCAGGGCCCGUGACGUCAACGCCGUCCUGCUUGACCUGGAGCGGCAGGGAGAUGUGUACAGGCAGUGGGCGACUCCUCCCAUAUGGUUUUUGACGAACAAGAAGCGAGAACGGAUGCAACUCAAGAGAAAGCCCGGCGGUCUGCCAGCCAUCCCCGCAGCUACCACCCCCGAGACCAAGACAAGCGUGGAGUUCCCCCCCUGUAACCUUCCCGUUCCAGGUGCCUCCAACAACUCCGUCACCCCGGGGAAAGUGACGAACGGGCAGGACCCCGUCAUAAAGCUAGAACAUCGCCAAGAGGCCACCCCAGAACCCAUCAGACUGAGGCCACCUGUUCAUGACAAUGGCCCAUCCAAACCAGGGUAUGUUGACUUUGAAAAUGGCCAGUGGGCCACAGACGACAUCCCAGAUGACUUGAACAGUAUCCGCGCUGCCCCAGGUGAGUUCCGAGCCAUCAUGGAGAUGCCCUCCUUCUACAGUCAUGGCUUGCCACGGUGCUCGCCCUACAAGAAGCUGACCGAGUGCCAGCUGAAGAACCCCAUCAGCGGGCUGUUAGAAUAUGCUCAGUUCGCUAGUCAGACCUGUGAGUUCCACCUGAUAGAGCAGAGCGGACCACCCCAUGAACCUCGAUUUAAAUUCCAGGUGGUCAUCAGUGGCCGAGAGUUCCCCCCAGCUGAAGCUGGCAGCAAGAAGGUGGCCAAGCAGGAUGCAGCGAUGAAGGCCAUGACCAUUCUGCUGGCGGAAGCAAAGGCCAAGGACAGCGGGCGAGCCGAGGAGCUGUACCACCCCGCCGAGAAGGAAGCCGAGAAGACCACUGAGUGCCAGCCUGCCACUCCUUCAGCAACAUCGCUUUUCUCUGGGAAGAACCCUGUCAGUACAUUGCUGGAGUGUAUGCACAAGUUGGGGAGCUCCUGUGAAUUCCGCCUCCUGUCCAGGGAGGGCCCUGCCCAUGACCCCAAGUUCCAGUACUGUGUUGCCAUGGGGCCCCACACUUUCCCCACGGCGAGUGCCCCCAGCAAGAAAGCGGCGAAGCAGAUGGCCGCAGAGGAAGCCAUGAAGGCCCUCCAGGGGGAGGCCACCACCUCCACGUCGUCUGAUGAGCAGCCUGGAGGUACAAGCACGGAGUCAUUUGAUAACUUGGAAUCUGUGAUGCCCAACAAGGUCAGGAGGAUUGGGGAGCUUGUCAGAUACCUGAACACCAACCCUGUGGGUGGCCUGUUAGAGUAUGCCCGCUCCCACGGCUUCGCGGCUGAGUUCAAGUUGGUCGACCAGUCUGGACCGCCUCAUGAGCCCAAGUUCGUUUAUCAGGCAAAGGUUGGGGGUCGCUGGUUCCCAGCCGUGUGCGCCCACAGCAAGAAGCAGGGCAAGCAGGAAGCAGCAGAUGCGGCGCUCCGCGUCUUGAUUGGGGAGAACGAGAAGGCGGAGCGCAUGGGUUUCACAGAGCUCCCCCUCACCGGCAGCACCUUCCACGACCAGAUCGCCAUGCUGAGCCACCGCUGCUUCAACGCGCUCACCAACAGCUUCCAGCCCUCCCUGCUCGGCCGCAAGAUCCUGGCCGCCAUCGUUAUGAAGAAGGACGCUGAAGACCUGGGCGUCGUGGUCAGCUUGGGCACCGGGAAUCGCUGUGUGAAAGGAGAUUCUCUCAGCCUCAAGGGAGAAACCGUCAACGACUGCCAUGCGGAGAUCAUCUCCCGUAGGGGCUUCAUCAGGUUCCUCUACAGCGAGCUGAUGAAGUACAGCGCCCAGACGGCGAAGGACAGCAUUUUCGAGAUCGCUAAGGGAGGAGGGAAGCUCCAAAUAAAAAAGACAGUGUCGUUCCAUCUCUACAUCAGCACGGCUCCCUGUGGAGAUGGUGCCCUCUUUGACAAGUCCUGCAGUGACCGGGCUGUGGAGAGCACUGAAUCCCGCCACUACCCUGUCUUCGAGAACCCUAAACAAGGCAAGCUCCGCACCAAGGUGGAGAAUGGGGAAGGAACCAUCCCAGUGGAGUCCAGUGACAUCGUGCCUACUUGGGAUGGCAUCCGGCUCGGGGAGCGGCUCCGCACCAUGUCCUGCAGUGACAAGAUCCUGCGCUGGAACGUGCUCGGCCUGCAAGGGGCGUUGUUGACCCACUUCUUGCAGCCUGUGUAUCUCAAAUCAGUCACACUGGGUUACCUGUUCAGCCAAGGGCAUCUGACCCGUGCUAUUUGCUGCCGAGUGACAAGAGACGGGAAGGCAUUUGAAGACGGACUGCGACAGCCCUUCAUUGUCAACCACCCCAAGGUUGGCCGAGUCAGCGUCUACGAUUCCAAAAGGCAAUCUGGGAAGACGAAGGAGACGAGUGUCAACUGGUGUCUGGCCGACGGCUACGACCUAGAGAUCCUGGAUGGGACCAGAGGCACCGUGGACGGGCCCCGGAAUGAACUGUCACGGGUCUCCAAAAAGAACAUUUUCCUUCAAUUUAAGAAGCUCUGCUCCUUCCGUUACCGCAGGGACCUACUGAAACUCUCCUAUGGUGAGGCCAAGAGAGCCGCCCGGGAGUACGAGACAGCCAAGAACUACUUCAAAAAAAGCCUGAAAGAUAUGGGCUACGGGAACUGGAUAAGCAAGCCCCAGGAGGAAAAGAACUUUUAUCUGUGCCCCGUAUAGUCCCCUCGGGCGGGUUGGCUGGGUGCUCACACGGGGAUGAGAGGUAGGAGGUGGCUGUAGCAUUCCUCAUCACAUUGGUCAGGGGUUUUUCAGUUUUGGGGUUUUUUUGUUUGUUUUUUCCAAAGGGGGUGGUGGUUUGCUUUUAUGUUUUCUACUUUUAAAAAAACAAAACGGAACCAAGAGUCCUGAUACUGAGAACUUUGGGUUUCUGUGUACCCCGCUUCCUUUGGGGUGGCUGGGCUGGGUUUGGCCAGCCCCCUUCUGUUGCCCUAAGUGAAGGGACCUGAGGCGAGACCAAGGGGGCUCUCUUCACCCACAGCAUCAGCAUCUGCUGCCCUUUCCUCUUCCGUUUGCUUCUGUGGCCUGCCAUCUCCUUGGAGUUUAUGUUUGCUACACUGACCUCUUGUGGUCUUGCCUGGGCUCCAGGCAAGCCCAUGUGAAUCAUGUCAGGUACCGGUGGCCUCUCUGGUGAUGAGUACGGCCACUCUACAGAAUGUCCCCUCCGCCUGGAGAUUCCAGCCUUGCUUGUGAUCAUUCCAUUUCUCUCUCACUGCCCGAGGGAGAGAGAGAGAAACCUAAAAAUGUUCGGUGGGACAUUUGCAAGGUCAGGAAUCGAAAGUGACUGCUGGCUGACUCCUGGUGCCAGUGGACGCGUGUGGUCGGAAUCUGCAGGCAGCUAGCCGCUCAGCGAUCUUUGGAUCUUGCACUUUAGCCGGUUGGGAGAGGCCAGGCAGCCGGGAAACUGCUGCUCCGCUCGCCAUGGGCCUUUUCCCGCAGGCAGCCGGAAGGCCUCAUACCCACCACCAUGGGCUAGAGGACUGGCCCGAGCAACAGUGUGCCCAGGUCCCCUGCAGGACGACACAGCCGAUCCUGGGAAUGUGGCCAAGCUCCCAGCCGCCCCUCCCAAAGCCUUCCUAGGAAGUUGCCCAGCCAACGGAGGGAGCAGGGCCACAGAACCAGCCAGCUGGCAGAAAACAACCAAUGAACCCCAGGAUCGCUGGCAGCAGGUGGCCAUCACCUCCGCUCAGAUAAUCAGGGCUCAGCAGGAGUAGGGGGAUCACGUGGGGCCAGACCACUGUCCCGUGUUUCUCCUGAGAAACCUCGGGAACUUGGGAGUUUUCACCAGAACGCAGUCGCUGUGGAGUCCUGCCUACUACCGAUAGCCUGCAGCCCACCAAAUGGAAAUCCAGACGUCUGUCUCCAUUGAUCCAAGUGCUCUCGUCUUUACCAGGUGGAUCCUGAAGUUGGAACAGGGUGGGGCUCACGCUGCGAGUCUUCUCCCCUGGCCUCACAGGGGCUCUGAAUAGGCUUGACCUAUGAAGGCAGCCUUCAUUGGUGAACGGGCAGCUUGACCUCCCACCCCGAGAGGUGAAGUCCUUUGUCUGCACCCUAACCUGAUGUUGGCUCUCGGCCUGUCAGAGCCUGCAGCCUCUCUGUAGAGCCUGGUCCAGGGCCCAGGUCGGCCUCACAAGAACUAGAGGGGCUGUGCUACCUCUAGGACUGACCUGCCUCUUCCCUCCAGGUGGCCCUGGCCCCCGUGAACUUGCUGAGCCUCACGCUCACACCGCCCCGCGUCCCCCCCUCCCCCCAUGCUUUCGCAGCCCUCCCCAGUCCCACUGCCCCUCGGCAAACUACUGACUAGUCUGUCUGUCUUCUUCCACAGUAGAUGCGUCCACACGUGCACUUUUAUUCUUUGUGGCUACAGACCCUCUGUUCCGUUGACCAAAUAUUGCCCAAACAACAAGAUCCACGUUUUUAAAAUACACUGGGCAUGUCCUGGCAGAGCCCCCAGGUGGCUCGAGCAGCUGCCAGGGAAACACUGUCUGUCUGCUGGAGGCGAGGGGCUCGCUCCCUGGCCGUGAUCAGGCGGGGCACACAGGACGUGUGGCUCCCAUCCAUCAGGAGGAAGCUCUUCCCUGGGGUCUGCAGAAUGCUGGCUCCCUGGAACAGCUGGGCCCGCCGGGCAUCUCGGGUGCUACCCUAGCCUGCAAUGCCGCCCCUUCCAGGAGCAGGGCAGCUCUCAAAGAGCAGAACCCUGCUCGCCCCCAAGAUCUGAUGGAGCAGAUUUCCAGUGUUGAGUGUCUGCUGUAGGAAGAGCGCCUCGGCUCCCUGUGUCCGCCGGAAGCCAGCCUAAGGCAGGCCCUGCCCACACGGCGCCACACCACCUCGCCAGCCCGGCCUCGGACAGAGGCAGCUGAGCCCUGCCAGGGGUUCUGCUCAUUCUUCCCUCAAGUGUUUGUUUUUAAGCAGGGCACCCUACCCCACUCUUUUUUUUUUUUUUUUAAUGAUUUUUGUCAAUUUGUCUGAACUGUGGCUAUUGUAUACCCUUUGAAUAAUCACUUGUAAGAAUUGUUGCUGCUUGAAGCUAUUUCCUUUACUUGUGUUGAAGGGACUUUGAUGGUCUUUGGGUCUCAUAACCCCAAGAGCAGAGUUGGGAAGUGCCCAAGUACAGACUUGGGGACCAUGAUGGCUGCAGUCCAGUUUUAUAAUUCUGCUUUUAUGUGUCUCUUGAUAUCACUGACUAAUACACAUGUCCCAUAAAUAAAAAAGAUCUAAAUUGUUA